UGGUGCUUAAGAGUAAAACUUCACUUCAGUUGAGAACUUGAGGGUGGUGAGGUAUUACAGAGUAGACCUAGUAGCUAAGAACUUAAGAAACAGUGACCAAGACAUUGAUCGGGUGCUGCAGAGAAAGAACUUGACAGAUAUUACGCACAUGACGAUACUGAUCAGGUGCUAUUGAAAAGGUCCACAGCUAAUCACACGAGAGAUACUGCACUGAGAUAUUGAUCGGGUGCUGCAGAUUUUUUACUUGAAAGAUAUCAACCAAGUGCUCUCCAUUAUGACAAAUCUGUCUGUUCUGGCAUUCACAAGUCUCUUAUUUCUGUUGACAUCCAAUUUGGAAAUUGUAACGUCUAUGAUUAAAACCACUAAAGGUAAAAAAGAAGCGUUAGACAUAGAUGAAUGCAGUUUCAACGAAUCGCAUAAAGUGGAAUGUCCAAAGACAUCACGUAGUUGUAAGGGGAGAUGUGAUCGCUCAUACAAUAACAUCACAACAACAAUGAACUCAAAUCUGUUAUGUAAAUGUGAUGAUAAAUGUCUACAUUAUGGAGACUGUUGUGAAGAUUACGUGGAAUCAUGCGCCGAAAAUGCAAAACACACAGCUUCAAGACAAGACAGACAAGAUUUGUAUGAAUGUACUAAAAUACAAGAUGAGACUUGGGUAUU